CGAAUUUCUUAUCUCCACGCCACCUUCUCUCUUGGCGAUUAUGAGAUAGGCAAAGGAAGGAGGCGCGGACACGCCCCUUCUUCCGGUGUUUUGCCUUUGUGCGGCGAGUACCGCUCGUGUCGGCAUCUCAGUGGACGGAGUCACGGCGGAGGAGAAUUCAGCCCGCCUUGUUUACUUUGUGUCUUCCCUGGACUUUCCUGUUUGGGGAACAGUGCAGCAGCAGCUUCCGAAACCAACACCUGCAGCCGUCAUCUGUCAAACUGGAAAGCAGCUCUCACACUGGCAGCCUCGCACUGGGGGCUUCAUCUCCUCCCUGUCAGAACGACUCCCCUUAUACCCCAGAAGGUCCAGUCUCACAGCAUCCUACUGAGUCUCCGGAGUGGAUACCUAGAGCUCUCACAACUGUUCUCCUCACGCAGCACCUGGGACUUUUACCUUUCUGUGCAGAGUCACACUCCAUAUAUACAACAUCGGUGAAAAAAGACCUGCGUACCUAUACUGAUAUUUAACCCACCCCCCAAAAUGGCCAAACGGAAAGUGGACUUUGAAAACAGAUGCUUUCAGAAGAGGUGGGAGGCAGAGUACCUGUUUGCUGACAUUGAUGGUAAGGCCAUGUGCCUUGUUUGCGGAGCUCAUGUGGCUGUACUUAAAAAAUAUAACAUGAGACGGCACUAUGAGACAAAACAUGAGGACAAGUACAAACACAUGGACAUACAGCAGAAGUUAAAGAAGGUGGAAGAGUUUAAAAAGGUUCUGAUGAUAAAGGAGCGUUUGUCCAGAAAAGCAAAAUCACAAAGUGAGGCUGCUUUGAAAGCUAGUUUUAUAGUGACCGAAGAGAUAGCUAAAUCAGGCCGGCCAUUUACAGAGGGGGAGUUUUUGAAGCACUGCAUGAUUAAAGUGUGUGACGUCUUGUGUCCAGACCAAAAGCAAGCAUUUUUGAAUGUAAGCCUCAGCAGAAAUACUGUUGCUGAUCAGAUAUGUGAACUUGCCACUGAUUUGCAAGUACAGUUAUUUGAAAAAGGAAAAGAUUUCAUUGCAUAUUCCCUUGCUGUGGAUAAGAGCACUGACAUCACCGGCAUGGCACAGCUGACAGUCUUCAUCCGUGGAGUGGACUCAAGUUUAUGCGUUACAGAGGAACUUUUGGAUAUGAGAUCAAUGCAUGGCACUACCACAGGAAAAGACGUGUUUGAAGCAGUAUCUAAAUGUGUAAAUGACAUGAAACUGCCCUGGGACAAACUUACGGGACUGACAACAGAUGGAGCACCUUUGAUGUGUGGGGAAGAGAGUGGAUUAGUGGGAAGGAUGCGAGAGAAGAUGAAGAGUGAGAAUUGCAUAGGUGAGCUGAUAGUAUAUCACAGCAUCAUCCAUCAGGAAACACUAUGUGGCAAAGCCCUGAAGAUGGAACAUGUAAUGAACACUGUAACACAGAUAGUUAACUUUAUAAGAGUCAAAGGUUUAAAUCACUGCCAAUUUAAAUCUUUUCUGGAGGAAAUGUAUUUUGAACUUGGUGAUCUGCCCUAUCACACAGAGGUGCGAUGGACAAAUCAUGAAAAAGUGCUCAGUAGAUUUUUUGAGUUGCGCGAGGAGAUCUGUCAGUUCAUGGAAAGUAAAGGAAAAGACUCCACAGUACUGCAGGAUGAAGAGUGGCUGUGUGAGUUAGCUUUUCUGUGCGACAUAACUAAGCAUCUCACUGCGCUAAACCUUCAGCUUCAGGGACGGCACCAUGUGAUUACGGACAUGUAUGAUGCAGUGAAUGCCUUUCAGGUUAAGCUGCAACUGUGGUACGUUCAGAUGCAGCAAGGAAACUUGAGUCACUUUCCCUGUUGCCAAACAAUCGUUAACCAAGUCUCCAGCACUGUCUUCUCACAUACUUAUUUUGGUGACAAACUCAACACACUUCACAUGGAGUUUACACGUCGCUUUGUUAAAUUUGAAGGACAAAAAUUCAAUUUUGAACUGCUCAGUAAUCCAUUUGCAGUGGACGUGGAGAAAGCACCUGUGAAUAUCCAGAUGGAGCUGAUAGAACUCCAGUGUAGCAGCACACUUAAGGCAAAGUAUGAUUCUGUAGGGCCCCUACGGUUCAGCAGGUUCAUCCCUGAAACGAUGCCCCAGCUCCGCCUACAAGCUGCUCAAAUGCUCUGCAUGUUUGGUAGCACAUAUGUGUGUGAACAUGUUUUCUCUGUGAUAAAGGUGAACAAAAGCGUACACAGAAGCCUUCUCACUGAUGCACACCUCCGCUCUAUCCUGAGAGUUUCCACAGCUCAGAACCUAUCCUCAAACAUAGAUGAACUUGUAAGCAAAAAAAUACGCCAAACAUCUGGCUCAGACGAAACGGCAUGAGAAAAGAGAACUAAAUAGCUUAUGCUUUUUCUUUGUUGUUGCAGAUUUAUUUGAAUUGAAUGUUAAUCCUGUUUGGCCCACAUCUUGGACAUAAUGCACUCCUGAACUAAGACGAUACAUUGGCUUACAAGCAACUGGCCCUUUGAGGGCAACCAUAAUGCUGAUAUACCCCUCAAUGAAAUUGAGUUUGACAUCCUUGCUCUAAUGCAUCGGUCGACCUACCCAGCACAUGCAAGCAUGCACACCAAUUUGAAGUCCUUCAACAGACUGCUUGUAUUUGCCAUGAUCAGUCCUACUGUCUUAAGCCUUCUAUGAAGCGCUUCAGGUGCAAGGGCAAAAUGGGGUUUCCUAUGUCCCAUUCCUUAAUGUAGCUGCAUGUGGUAAAAGGAAUUGAGGCAAAUGCUUUAUGGGUGCCCUUAUAGACACUGUAUUUCCCAACCUCAACAACUAUAAGAUAUGUCGGCUUUAUAUCCCAGAAUUUCCCAGACAGUAGAGGAAUAAUAUCCUGCUCCAGAGGAUGAUAAUGUCAAAUCCUGUUUAUUAGCAAAUAUCAAUAAAGGGACCCCAUUACAAGAUUCUCCUUUACAGUUUUGAUAACUUCUAUCAAAAGAAGAGAGAUAAAUUGUUUCUAAUUUGAUUUAUCAAAAGAUACUAAGGUCAAAGGAAUGAUGAUUAUACUGCCAGUUGUGGACAUUCUAUUUUUCUGUUAUCCUUUGUUCCUAGGAGCUCCAGUUGAUGGAGUAUAAUGGAGCUCUGCAAUCCAUACAAUUAUCUGAGUUUUUACAGUAGGAUAGGAUUGAGUUCUGGCCAUAGAGAAUUAAUCAAACCUUUUCUGCCUUGCCCCCUCAAAGUGUUUAAGGUAGAAUUGCCAACACUGAUCUCUACACUGUGGACGAUGAUUAGGCAAGUUGUAUUUUGGAGGAUUAAUUUUAUUAAACAACUACAGUACUCUCGGUCAAUCUGAAAUGUUAAUAAGCCUCAAACCUGAAUAUUAAAGGUCAGGUUUUGGCUUUCUUGGGAUAAUAUCUAUAAGUGCACAAAAAGUUCAGUGGUGGUCAGGUUGCAGCCUUCCUUACCUUGGUCAUGUCUCUGAGCACUGAAUACCUUGUACUUCUGGGCACUCCAGGUAGUUUGCAGUUCUGGAAUAUGACAGCACUGGAGGAUAAUGGGUUCCUGGUAGCUUCAUGUUUGAUUCUUCUCAAAUCUUUGGCAGUUAAUGUGCAUCUCUUUUUUUUCUCAUCACAUUUCUUGCGACCCUGUUGACUAUUUGCAUCAAAACAUUUGAUUGUUCUGUGAUCGUGUCCCAAUAUCUUAGCAGUUUCAUGAGUGCUGCAUCCCUCUGAAAGACGUUUUACAAUUUUUGACUUUUAACUUUAACUGACUUUUCAGAGUCAGUUAAAUCUCUUUUUUGACUCAUUUUACCUGAGGAAAAGAAGCUGCCUAAUAAUUAUGCACACCUUGAUAUAGGGUGUUGCUCCCCUUAGGCCACACCCUCCCUCAUUACACAAAUACACAUUACCUGAUAUGCUUAUAUCCACUAAGCUUUUAAGUUUAUACAACUUGGAAGUGGAAAAUAGGCAAAAAAAUGAUAUGGUCAAAAUACUUGCCUAAUAAUUGUUCACACAGUGUAGUAAUAAUAAAAAUUAUUUCCAGCUCUCUAUUAUCCCUUUCAAUCUUUCCUUUUCUUGCUAGCUCAUGCUGAUACAUUUUAAUUAAAGACUUUAUUAAAGGUUCUUUAAGACAUUCAAACUCUUAAAAUUUGUUUUCUUUGAAAGAAAAGGGAAAAUGUCCUAUUGCAGCUAGAGUGAUUGUGAAAUAUACAUCUGCUGUCAUCGAUUGUGCACCAUAUCAAUUUCCCGAGAUAAGACAAAUGAUGCUUGUUAACAGUACUGUACUAAAAACAAUCUUUAAAAUAGAAUACCUUAUAACUAAGCCAAUAUAGCUAGAUCAUAAAAAAACAUAAUACUGCAACAUUAUAUUAUGCAGGUUUAUGUGAAAUGUGUCCCACAGCUUUCAGUGAAAUUUACUGUGCAAUCUUACAUAUUACAGUUAAAAGAGUUUACAUAUUACAUAUUACAGUUAAAUUCAAGGGGGCUUAUUUUCAGUUAAGUGUGCCUAAGAGCUUUCCCCUGCUUGCUGCUCUCCAAGGUGGUUAUAUUGCAACUACAAUUAUUCUCUCAUAGCAUGGCCAAUUGAGUUGAUUGGGAUGAUACAGUAAGUCCGCUACCUCUGGAGAUCAUUAAUGUUGAUGAAAUCUUCUAUAUUGGUCUGUUCAUAGAGUUUUAGAUUUAAAUUAUAUUACAUAGAAAAUCAUCAUCAACCACCUGAUGGCUUGUUAGGUAAGGAAUGAUUUCUCCCUAGAAAGCCAGUUGAAACAAGUGUCAGGAAAGAAAUUUUUCCCUCCUUUUCCUAUUGCUCUGUUCCCAGUUGCCCUACUUAACAGCAGCUGUUUCUGAUCAAAAUGGAACGUUCGGCUGUUGUUUAUGUGGUUCUGAUUACAAUAAAAACAACCUUCGCUUUUACUUCUCAAAAAAGUAUUAAGAGAAAAUGAUUUUCAGUGGAAAAGUGAUGCUGUUGUAAACGGAUAUUCUUCACAGCCAUUGAGGCAGCUUUGAAUGGACAUUUUGUAUUUUGAUGCGAAAAUCUGAAUAGUUUGCACUUUCAUCAGAUUUUUAAAUUGGAUACAUUUAUUGUUCCGUGCCAAUGUCCUAGAUCCUCCCACAAAUUACUUGCACAGAGCUUUGAUGACCCUGUAUAUUGGUCAAGGAUUUCCUGUUGGCCUGAAGAAAGAAUAACUGAAAGGACCAUGUUUUGCUGGUUAGAAUCCUGUUUGCAGUCUGCUAUUUUAACACAUUUUAUAAUUAGUUAUUAACUAGUUUUUGAUCCUUUAGUAGUAAUAUUUUUUUUUGUUUUAAUACUAUAUGAGGGUAAUAAUGCUGAUGUCCCCUGUUGCCUCACACUUUAGGUUGGUUUAGGUUUAGAUUGAUCCAGCACAAGAAUAGACUAAUGACCCAUUUCUCAAGGGAAGAUGUUCACAACAUUUUAUUACCACGAUGAUGCUGGCUAAACAAUGUUCUUGCAAAAAUGAUUCAAAUCAUUUGAUUCAAAUGCUGCUUUACAUAUUCUUCCCUAGCUAAGCUCUUUCUUAAACUAUGAUCAUACCUGAGAUAGCCAUUGGAAAGGCAUUCUCUGCCCGAUUUUUGCCACAUAACACUAAAAGUGUUUUCUGACUCAAGCAUUGCUAUCCAGCUUACAUGUUGCAAUUUAUUUCAUAGUAGAUACCCUCUUUCACUAUAGUUGUCUGUUGUGUACUGUGGCAAGAAUGCCCUCUCUAAUUAUUCAUUUUUCCAACAUUUUAGUAAUACACUAGGAGUAAAUCUUCCCAUUCCUUGGUACCUGCUUGUUCUACUUACCUGGAAUAGGAUCUCACAACUUUUCACAACUGAAGACAUUGAUCCCUAUCCAAUUGCUUUGAUUAUUGUUUUCAGAGACAGAGAUGGAAAGAAACUCAAUCAUAAAAGAAAAAAAAUGGUGGGAUCUAUAUCUGGAGAUUGACAAUACAACGGGUGUCAUUGGGCAAUGUUUGCAGAUUCUGAGCAUAUUCAUAUAUCUUAUAUGUCUUGAAAAAUGCAAAACCUAAGAGAGAGAGCUCCAAAGCCCUAGAAUUAAGUUCCAGCUAAUGGCGUAUCUAGAAAAAACAGUAUCAAGGUUUUACAAAUGAAAUGGCAACAAAUUGAAUAGUGAAUUUUUAAAACUAUUGCAUUUUUUUUUAUAAAGAGAAAUUGACCCGGUCUCACCACCUGCCCAAUGGAAAGUCAUGCCUCUUCUCUGAUAAUGUUAAUGUAAUAAGGUUAGGUGGCAUCCUUUUGGUCCGUUCCCCCCCCAAGAGAUGCAAGUGUGAAACAAUGAAUGGUGGUAAGGCUACCUAACCAACAACACUGGUAGUUUUUAAGAAGAUGGGAAUUCUUCCUGAAAGUCAGUAGGUACAAUUUCGGAAGUUUACAAUUCAUGUCAGUAACGAAAGACUUUGCUACUCAAAAUUAUGGAAAAAGAAUGGGUUUGUUUAAUAUUUUUACCUUAACUAUUGGAAUAAUUCUCAGUUUUGAAAGGUAACCAAGAAAUGUAAGCGUUAAUACAAUACAAAAGUUAAUACAAAAACUUUCUACUAUUGAUCUCACCCCAUUCCUAAGAGGACCAUAAGGGGCAUGCAUAAGCGCACAAACGUGUCUACCGUUCCUGUACUAUUGUUUUUCUUUUCUUCUUCCUAUAUAUGUUUAUAUGUGUAUAUACUAUAUAAUCUUUUUGUAUGAUGUUGUGACAAAAUAAAUAAAUAAAUAAAUAAAUUUGACGGAAUAGUACCAGUAUGUAU